AAAAGAAAAAAGAGUUUACCAAGCCGGUUUAGACUAGUAGUUAAACACAAUUUUGAAUUUUCUCAUCUCCUUUCCCAAAAUCCUCAAUUCACGAGUACUAGGACCCGAGUUCGAUUAUCUCCAAAAUCCCCAAUUCUUCUGGAAUUCGAGUACAAGUACGACUAUAAACUCAUACAAGUACGACUAUAAACUCAGACAAGUAUGGCUACGGUGGCCGAACUUCAUACAAGCUCCGAGUAAGUUCGAUUGUGGAUUUCGCUGCUCUUUACUUGUUAGGGUUCGAUUUGUACAACAGUAUUUAGCUAGAGAAAUUAGGGAACUUGUUAGGGUUCGAUUUGUACAGCAGUUAUUAGCUAGAGAAAUUAGGCCAAGAGAACUUGUUAAGUUUUUUGAAUUUUUUAUGUUGAAUGCUAUUUCAGAGAUAUAUUACUAAUUAAUUCUUUUCUUUUCUUUUCUUUUGGAUUUGGUGCAUAGAUCUAUUCCUCCACCUCACAAAUUAGUACUUGAUCAAUCCUUCUAUACACAGAAAUGUAGGAUGGACUUAAUGUGCAAUAUUACUGAAACACUUGAGACCAUAGAGGAAAAAUUGAAGGAUAAGGCUGUGUGGUUUAAGAAUCACCCACAGUUCCAGCAUCUAUUUCAUAUGCCUAGAUAAAGUUGUCAUAAACUCGUAGGAUUGUGGGCUCUAGUUCUUAGGACAGCUUAUAUUGAGGAUGGUGAAUGCUGGUUUGUUCUAAAUGGAAUUUCCACAAAAUAUUCCAUUAGAGAACAUGCUUUGUUAAGUGGGUUACGCUGUGAUGAACUCCCAUCACAGUAUGAGAAUUUUUUUGAAGAGAAGAAUAAUCUAAGUCUGAAGUUAGCUGAGAACUACUUUGAUCAUCUAAAAAGGUAGAUGUCAAAGAAGUCCAUAGAGUUCUGAUCUCCAUGAAAGAGGAUAAUGAAGAUCUUCCGAAGAUAGCAUUGCUUUUCUUCAUAGGUUAUGUCCUUACCAGAAGGAAUAACAAAGCGAAAGGUUAUAUAAAGUCGUUCUUUCUGAAGAUUGUGGAUUAUCUAAGUCUCUGUGAAGUCUUUCCUUGGGGUACUCUAUCAUUUCUUUACUACCUAGAGAGUCUUAAAGAUAUGGUCAAAAAAUUCAAAGGCCCAGUGGCUUCAUGGACAUGGUCUAUACCGUGCUAUAUUACUCAUCUAGAGAUAUUGCCUUUUGAGUGUAUUGCACUGCUCAAGAAAAAAUAUAGAGUUGAUGUAGAACGAGCAGCGAGUACAUGUCCAAGAAUGUGCAUGACGGAGUUUCUCAAAAUCGGUGAAAAAGGCUAUCCACUUCAGAACAUAUACAAGGAAAUUGGAACUGAUAAGGAGAUCGAAUCCCUUUUGUUACCUACAACUGAUGAGUAAAAUCUGGUGGAAACAGUCCAAGAACCCAAAACAAAUCACUCGAUUGUCAAAAUAUGGAAACACGUUUUGAUGGUAGAGAAAAGGAAAAUAUUUUGGAAUGAUCUCUACCAAAGAGAUCAAGACCACCUAGAUUUUCCUGAUGAUGAUGUUGAGCCACAGCCUGAUGUUGAGCCACAGUCUGAUGCUGAGCCACACCAAAAUUUCCCUCUUCAUCAAGCAGAAUAGUCACCGCACGAGAUGUUGCUCAUCAGUGGGAAUGAUGUUGAGCCACCCCAAAAUUCCCCUCUUCAUCAAGCAGAAGAGUCACCACCUCACAAUUCCCCUCAUGAAGAAUAUAUGUGGAACGAAGCUGAGCCACCGACUCAAGGAAAUGAGGGACGGCUUCAUCAAGAAGACGAGGACGAAGGGGAAGAAAAGAACCCAUCUGACUCAGAGGAUGUACCAACCCUGGUUUUGCGAAGAAGUUUGCGCACUCAUAAACCACCAAACAGAUUGUCUCCUAGCAGAAAAAAAAUUGUUAAGAAGAGGAUUGUUAAGGGUACAAAGAUUGUUAAGGGUACGAAGAGUAGAAAGAGUAAGUAGUCGCAUGCGUUCUAACUCUUCAAGUGUAAUUCCCAAAGUCUUCGUAGACAACUAAAUGAUAGUAUGAAAACCAAGUAUGUUAUUGAGCCAUUAGGCUAACUCUUGUUGAUCACUUUCUAUUGGUUAUGUAAUAACUUUAGCUAUUUACUU